CCGGGCGGGCGGGCUGGCGGCGGGCGGCGGGGGGGACUUGUUGUUCUCCGCGAGGUCGGAGCCCGAGCGCUCGGCGGAGGCGGCGGCCAACGGGAAGCGGGAGACUGAGCGUGAGGAGAGCGCGUGCCCGCGAGGAGCCGCCGCGCGCCCGCGCCCCCCGCGCGACGCCAGCUACCAUUUCCAGGUGGUUCUGUCCGGGUGACUGUGCCCAGGUUAUGACGACUAAUCCCAAAGCGAACAAGGCGUUGAAGGUCAAGAAGGAGGCGGGCGAGAACGCCGCAGCGCUCAGCGACGAUGAGCUGGUGUCCAUGUCGGUGCGGGAGCUGAACCAGCACCUGCGGGGCCUCACGCGCGAGGAGGUCGUGCGCCUGAAGCAGCGGCGCCGCACCCUCAAGAACCGCGGCUACGCGGCCAGCUGCCGCAUCAAGCGCGUGACGCAGAAGGAGGAGCUGGAGCGCCAGCGCGUGGAGCUGCAGCAGGAGGUGGAGAAGCUAGCCCGCGAGAACAGCAGCAUGCGGCUCGAGCUGGACGCCCUGCGCUCCAAGUACGAGGCGCUGCAGACCUUCGCCCGCACCGUGGCCCGCGGCCCUGUCGCGCCCACCAAGGUGGCCACCACCAGCGUCAUCACCAUCGUCAAGUCCGCCGAGAUGGCCGCCUCCGCCUCCGUGCCCUUCUCGGCCGCCUCCUAGUGCCCGCCCGGCCGAGGGGCGCGGUCCCGCGGAGAGUGGACCCUGUGGACUCCUGUGGGCCGGCAGGCGGGAACAGAGGGCGUUCCGCGCGCCGCCCGCCCUGCACACGCGCACGCGCACGCGCACCGCACGCCCCGCCUGCCCCGGGCUCCGCCGCCCACUCCGGGCCGUCUCCCGCUUCCGGCUGCCUCCCGGGCACUCUGUCUGGCGCCGGCAGGGGCAGGGUGUGUGGACGAAGGCUCUCAGGUGGCCCCCGGCCCAGACGUCUUCCACCCCUCCCUCGAGCUGCUCGUCUGCACGCGGCAGCGUGUCCACACCCCGCACGGGCCAGCACCCCUUCAACACGCCGACUGCGCCUGGGCGCCCGGGAGGAACCGCCCCCUGCGGGGUCCAAACACUGUGACCCUGCUGCAGCCUUGGCCAGCGGCCCAGACCCCCUGAGUGGGCGGAGGAAGGGCUGAGCGCGUGCGCCAGGGUGUGCCAGCCUGCACACACCUGUGCCUGUGAACAUGCGCACACGUGUACCUGCCGUCCUGCCGGGCGCCAGCCGCUCUGGGGGCCUCCGGGAGCGGGAGCGGCUUGUUCCUGGGGCACGUGCAAGCUUUGGGUUUCCUCUCCCUGUCGGGUGACCCAGGGGCGGUCCCCAGCGAGGAGCAGCAGCCGCCUGGCCAGGAGAGGGGAGCCCUGGGGGCAGGCGGGGGGGGGCACAUUCUGUGGGGAGCAGGUGUGAAGUUGGCAGUAGCCGAGGUCCUGCUGGAUGAGAUGGAAAGCAGGGAGGAGGGUGGGUUGGAGGACGAGGAGUGUUGAUGGUGGGGGAAGGUGAGGACGGGGGUGGGGUGGGCGCUGGGCUGGGGAGGCCGCAAGGACCUGCCUCCCGGGGCACUCGGAUGGUCGGCCAGAAGACAUGGGACUCUAUCACCUUGGUGCUUAAUCGUUGCCUGGAACCUUCAUCCAUUCUUCCUUCUUGGCACUCAGAGCCACUGAUGAUCCGGUGGCCUUCCCUAGGUGUGGCCAGGCUUGGCCGCCCCUUCCUGCCCUUCUUGGGAAAGGGCUGGGCUGAGAGGCGGGUGGUAGGUGGGCGGUGAGCCCCAAGCCCCCCGCAGGCCAGAAGCCCUGAGCUCCAGCUCUGGCUCCUCGGCUUGCUUCCCACCGUUAGCCCACCUGGGAGGAGGAGGUGGCGUGUGGGAAGGGCAGAGGGCCCCAAGGGCUGCAGACAGAAAGCGUCCCCUUGUCUGGGGGGAGGCGCAGCCUCGGGGACGUCUGGGUCCCUUCAGAGCCAGGCGGGCGUGUAGAGAAGCUGUCCAUACCAUAGCCAUGGUAGGUAAUCCACAUUGGAUAUCAAUAAGGACCAUGGGGAUAUUUAAAAGAGAGAAAAGUAUAUAUAUAUAUAAAAUUAUACACAUUUUACCGUGCAGAUUUUCGUACCUUUUCUUCCUAUUUGAUACUGUAAAUCUCUAUAGAGCAGAGCUCCCUGGUAGUGCGGGUGGGGGAGACCCCCUCCCACGCCUGGCCUCUCAAGUCGGCCGCCCACCGCCCUGUGCUGCCCUCGGGCCUCCGACCAGGCCUGGGAGACCCGUGUGCCCCCUCCUCCUUUCAGAGCGCUGGAGUUUCAUUGUCACAGUUUUAAUAUAUGGGUUUUUUUUAUUUAAGAAGACAGCCCCGUCCCCCUGUUCCCGGGCGACAGGGCCCUGCGCGUCAGCUCCACCCCCGUCUCCCACACCUCCGGCCACUCAGCAGUUUCAUUUCAAUAUUUAUUUUUGUGCUGCUUUUAUCAUGAUAUAAAUUAUUGAGAAGAGACCCUAUGUUGUGGCCCCGAGGUGCGAAGCGGCCCACCCGGCCGGCCACACCUAAUUUAUUGCUGUACAUCUCUGCUGUGACGCUUUUGUACCUUUCAAUAAAGAGUUUUCUGGUUUCA